AAGUGUCAAAUAAUUUGAUGACAAUAAUUGUUAAAUAAUCAAUUGAAUGAAUUAAUGAUGACUUCGGCAAACAAUUGGCCGCCAAAUACGGUUAAUUCUGGUCACGUAUCGCCCGAAAUGUUAGCACCGUUUCAAACAAGUGCUGCGAUGACCAGCGGUGGUAAUGCAGUAAUGCCCACAUCGGUGGUCGAGUUGACCAUUUCGUGUCGUAAUCUACUGAACAGAGAUAUCAGUUCAAAAUCGGAUCCAUUUUGUCUGGUAAUGACCAAAGAGUCGUGGAAUGACAAGUACUUUGAAAUCGGAAGAACCGAAACAAUCAAAGAUAGUUUGAAUCCCGAAUGGGUUAAGAAAUUAGUUAUUUCUUAUAACUUCGAGACCAUUCAGAAGUUGCGAUUUGAGAUUUGGGACGUCGACCCAAAUAAGAAAGAAUUUUUGGGUCAAUUUGACACCACUUUAGCUGAAAUCGUGGCAUUUUCUGGCCGUCAAUUUGUCGGCAAACUAACGGGAUUACCGAACCGUGAUUUAGGAGAAAUUGUGAUUGUUAUUGAAGAGCUAUCUUCGUGUAAACAAAUUGUAAAUAUGAAGUUUAAAGCGAAAUCAUUAACGAAAAGUUGUUGGUUUUGGAAGAAUGACCCGUUUCUUGUGCUCACGAGAUCUAAUGAAGACUCAACAUUCUCAGUGGUUAUGAAGAGUGAACCGAUAAUGUCGUCACAAAACCCGGUUUGGCUACCGAUCACUAUGAGAGUCAGGACUUUGUGUAAUGGAGAUUACGACCGAACCAUUAAAGUUGAUGUCUUUGAUCACCGAUCGAGUGGUACGCAUAAACUUAUUGGUAGUUGUCAUACAAGCCUUAGAAAUCUAGUUGAAGGCAAUAAUAAUAAUAAAUAUCCGCUGAUUAAUACAAAGAAACAAAAGACGAAAAAUUACACCAAUUCUGGAAUACUUGAAUUGUCAUCAAUUGCAGUGACAGAAGAGAUAACUUUCUUGGAUUACAUUCGUAGUGGUACUCAAAUGCAUUUUGCAGUUGCAAUAGACUUUACGGCAUCUAAUGGUCCGCCAAGAGAUCCGCAGUCAUUGCAUUAUUUGGACAUUUAUGGCGGUCGACCCAAUCCUUAUGAGAUAGCAUUAAAAGGUGUCGGAGAUAUAAUACAACACUACGACAGCGCCGGAAUGUUUCCUGCCUUUGGAUUUGGUGCCAAACUUCCGCCAACUGGUGAUGUCUCACAUCAGUUUCCUUUGAAUGGUAAUACCGCACAUCCUUAUUGUUCUGGAAUUCAAGAAAUUCUUGAUCAUUAUCGGAACCGUUUAGCAACUGUAACACUAUUUGGUCCCACAAAUUUCGCAAAUGUUAUCAACAAUACGGCGGCCAUCGCACAGCAAUUUCAAGACGGAAAGCAUUAUUUUGUUUUGUUGAUUAUAACGGAUGGUAUCAUCUCUGACAUGCAUCAGACUAAGAAUGCCAUUGUCAACUCAUCCAAACUUCCCAUUUCACUAAUUAUUGUUGGUGUCGGUGAUGCAGAUUUUGCUGCCAUGGAUGAGCUCGACUCUGAUGACCGAAGACUUCAAGUGGACGGCAAAUACGCCGAACGAGAUAUCGUACAGUUUGUGCCACUAAAUCGUUAUCUGUCUCGUAAUCACAACAACAAGAAUGAGCUGUUUAUUAAAUCACAGGCAGAUCUCGCCAAAGAAGUUUUGGCCGAAAUUCCCGAUCAAAUGACUGGUUAUAUGAAAUCGAGAGGAUAUAAGCCAAUCAAAACUGAAACUACAUUUCCUAACACAUCAUCACUUUCUACAUAAAGUAUCAAAAAAAAUUAAUUUUGUAUUUUUUGCUAUCAAUUUUUAUUUCUAUUAUAAGAUUAUUUUACUUAAAAUAUUG